AUGUCUAUGACCGUUGAAGAUUGUGUUCGUGCCCGCGAGGGAUUUCCUCGUCCUGUCCCUGAUAUCCCAUCCAACGCCGUAGACCAAUUCAAGCUGAAUGGGAAGGUAGUGGUUGUGACUGGAGCUGCAGAUGGAAUUGGCUUAGCAGUGUGCGAGGCUAUGGCUGAAGCUGGAGCUGAUGUUGCCUUUUGGUAUCACUCGAAUGACGCUGCAAUCCUCAAAGCUAAGGACCUGGCUGCUUUGCAUAAUGUUAAAACAUCUACCUACAAGGUUGAUGUUUCGGAUCCUGCUCAGGUUCAAUUUGCCAUAGCCAAAGUUGUGCAUGAGUUUGGUGCGAUUGAUGUCUUUAUUGCUAAUGCGGGAAUGUCUAUAUCGAAACCUAUAUUGGAACAAACUCUCGAGGAGUACCGUACGCAGAUGUCCGUGAAUGUCGAUGGCAUUGUCCAUUGCUCCAAAUAUGUUGGCAGCCUAUUCAAAGAUCAGGGAUACGGCAACCUCAUCAUUACAUCAAGUAUGAGUGCACACAUUGUCAAUGUACCAGUUGAUCAGCCUGUGUACAACGCAACCAAAGCAUUUGUCACUCAUUUCGGUAAAUCACUUGCACGAGAAUGGCGUGAAUUUGCACGCGUAAAUAUUGUCUCUCCUGGAUUCUUCGAUACCAAGAUGGGGGCCGGUCCCUCGGCUGUUAAUGAGGCCUAUCGUAUGGCGGCUCUAGGACGACAGGGUCACACGAGGGAGAUCAAGGGAUUAUACCUUUACCUCGCUAGCGAUGCCUCGACAUACAUGACAGGUAGUGAUCUGUUGAUUGAUGGAGGAUAUGUUCUCCCUUAA